CUGCAAGUUAUAACAACUGAAAAUUUAUGCUUUCAUUUACAUCCGCAAGAGGAGAGCAGAUCUGUACAUGUCAAAUAAACAAAAGGAAUGGAUCGGCUCUUGAAAGCUGCACGAGCAUCUGGUUCUCUUAACCUCUCUAAUCGCUCUUUAAGGGAUGUGCCCGAUGAGGUAUAUAGAAGUUUGGAUGCGGUUGGAGAGGGUGAGAACUGGUGGGAGGCUGUGGAGCUGCAAAAGCUAAUUUUGGCCCAUAAUAAUAUUGAAUUGAUAAAGGAAGACCUGAGGAAUUUACCUCAACUUGUUGUUUUGAAUGUUAGCAACAACAAACUCACUGCUCUUCCAGCUGCAAUUGGAGAGUGAGUGUUUUGGCUUAUUUAUAUGGGCUGCUUCCAACCUGCUUCCCUUGCUUAAAUCAUUGGAUGUGUCAUUUAAUAUGAUACAACAAGUGCCUGAGGAAAUUGGAUCAGCAACUUCUCUUGUCAAGUACUAUAACUCCAUCUUUUGAGACCAUUGAAGUGGGCUAUGCUAAGAUCAUGGAAGAUAUGUUUGAUUGUUCGAGCAAUCAGCUUAAGGAACUCCCAAGUUCACUUGGAAGAUGUUUAGAUUUGUCUGAAUUGAAGGCAUCAAACAACACUAUCACCAACUUGCCUGAAGAUAUAGCAAGAUGUUCAAAAUUGACAAAAGUAGAAGUGGAGGGAAACAAGCUAAGAACUUUGUCAGGGAAUUUGAUGGUUUCAUGGACCAUGCUUACAGAACUUAAUGCAUCAAAGAACUUGCUGACUGGUAUACCGGAUAACCUUGGAAGCCUUUCACGACUCAUUCGUCUUGACCUUCAUCAGAACAAAAUUUCAUCCAUUCCGCCAUCAAUAAGGGGCUGCACUUCCCUUACAGAAUUUUAUAUGGGGAACAAUUCACUGUCUACUUUACCUUCUGAGAUGGGGGAACUUUGUCGCUUAGCAACACUAGAUCUCCACUCAAACCAGCUGAAGGAGUUCCCUGCUGAAGCAUGCAAAUUACGUCUUUCAGUCCUGGAUCUUUCAAAUAAUUCAUUGAGUGGACUGCCCUCAGAAAUUGGCAAGAUGACUACCCUACGAAAAUUGCUGCUUACUGGCAAUCCAUUGCGAACUAUACGAAGCUCAUUGGUUUCUGGACCUACCCCUGCUUUAUUGAAGUAUCUUCGAAGUAGACUUUCUGAAGGUGAAGAUUCUGAAGCUACUACUCCAGCAAAGGAGGAAGUUAUUUCCAAGGCGGCUCGAUUAUCUGUUAGUUCAAAGGAACUUUCUCUGGAAGGGCUGGGUUUGAGUGCUGUUCCAUCAGAAGUAUGGGAAUCGGGUGAAGUUUUAAAAGUUGAUCUCUCUAGGAAUUCCAUUCAAGAGCUUCCAGUUCAACUUUCUUCAUGUGUUUCCCUCAAGACUUUGAUUUUAUCCAGGAACAAGAUCCAAGAGUGGCCUGGUGCAAUUCUGAAAUCACUUUCUAAUCUUGCAUGUUUGAAGCUGGACAAUAAUCCACUUAGACAGAUUCCAUCAGAUGGAUUCCAAGCAUUUUCAAAACUUCAGAUUCUGGAUCUAAGUGGUAAUCCAGCUUCGUUUCGUGACCAUCCAGCAUUUUCUAGCUUGUCACAUUUGCAAGAGCUUUACUUGAGACAAGUUCAACUUAAUGAGUUACCAUCAGAUAUAUUGAGCUUACAACAACUGCGGAUCCUUGACUUGAGCCGAAACUCUCUGCAAUCAAUCCCUGAGGGUUUCAAAAAUCUUACUUCUCUUACAGAGCUUGACCUGUCUGACAAUAAUAUUUCAGCACUUCCACCAGAGCUGGGUUUGCUUGAACCAAGCCUGCAGGCCUUGAGACUCGAUGGAAAUCCAUUGAGAAGCAUCCGAAGAACAAUUUUAGAUAGAGGAACAAAAGCUGUUCUGAAAUAUUUGAAGGACAAAAUUCCAGACCAGUAGCUCAUUCAUGUCCCUUCGGUACUCCUGCUUCAAAUUUUUGUAUUCUUAAAAUUUGUCUGGAAGCUUGAUUUGAAAAACCUCAUGUUUGUAAUUCUGAGAGUAACAGUUUGUAGCAUAUACAGUUGUGUAAACAAAUGGUUGGAUUACCAUUGAUUUUUCCCUAUUUGCUUUCUUCAUCA